AUGAAAUAUGAUUAACAUUUAGUAAAUAUUUAGGAUUUAUAGAAGUAGGAGAUUUGUUUAGCCAGUAAGCUAAUAUUUUAAUAGGGUCGUAAGGCUCAAUUCCUCUCUUCAUUAACUCUUUAUUGGUCUUAUGCACCCAAAUCUAGUGGAAUAUUUUAUCAUUUUCAUGCUCUCUUGCCAUAACAACAAAAAAGUUAAUCAUUGAUUUUGGCAUAGUUCCAGGUUCAUGAGAGAACGCAUAUCCCAAAAAGAAUAGGAAAGCGCACAUAAGGAUAGUUUUAUCAUAUUUAAAGUUUUUAUACCAUUUAUCUUUAACAUAAGCCUCAUAUAUAAUGUCAAAGCUUCUUGUGGCCACAUAGAGUCCAAAUAUAGAUCUUAUGCUUUUGUUUAAAAAUAGAAUACUAAUUAAGCCUCCAAAGAAACCACUUAAAAAAGAAUUUAUGUUUCGGUGAUUUGAAAUAUCAUUCAAUAAAGUGUUUGACAUUUUCAUAAUAAAGCAGUAAGUGCCUAAGAAUAACCCAGUGUUAAUCUACUAUUUCCCAAAAAGGAUAUUUAAGAAAAGAAGAGGGUUCUUCUUUAUCUUUUUUAAAUUAGAGAGUAUUGUAAUUAUUGUUUUAAAUGCGUAAGCAUAAGAGAAAGAUUUCAAAGAUUAGAGAAUUAUUCUAGCAAAUCUGUUGGUUUUAAGGUCAUCAAAUUCUUUUAAAUAAACUUUUAGUUGGCUAUUCGUGUUACCCAUUUUAUAUAUAUUUGAUAACAGAAAGAAAUGUUGAUUUUUAUUCUUUUUUGAGUUUGUGA